AUGGAAGAUAAAAAGAGGACUUAUGCUGAGAGAUGUGCCUCUCCUUCACGCGCAAACCCGCCUCCAAAAAGACAAUUUCUAACGCAGAGUUCUGGGAACGCUGGCUUUGGAACUAAUGGGCUUUCAACCUCGACAAUCUAUAACACUGGCUACUUCGAUGCUCCCGUGAACAUUGACAUAAACGAUCCAAAGUCCCUCGAGAAAUUCCAAAAAGAAGCUAUUUUCUGUCGAAUGCAAGAGUAUAAGCGAGAACACGAGAGGGCAGCCAAGUUUAUUGAAACUCUUGAAAGAACAGAGCAAGAUUGUGAGGCCGAAUUGAGUGCCGUUAACAUUUACUGGGAACAGCUACUUAAUGGAUUGCGUCUUUUAGUUUCACGAAUGGAUGAGGACGGUUCACUCUCUAAAAUUAUACCGGAUCCAGAAGAAGACGGCAUAUUUACAGACUUAAUAAAGGCGGAGCUGAGGAAGAAAUGUUCGUAUACCUUAGAUGCUUACAAAAAGUUGGUGGAAAAAAUGGCCGCUUGGCUAGACGAAAGGAAUGCUUUGAUAAGAACUCUGCAGAAAGAAGAUGAUCCUGUACUAAGAGAGAAUAAAAUGAUUCGCCUGCUCAAUAAAGAAGUGGAGAAAUUAGGACAGUUAAACAAUAGACUAAGCGAAGAGUUAAUAGAACUGAAAACUGAAACAUCCAUGUGGUCGCAAAGAAUGUCAAUACAAGCUCUAGAGGAUGAACUCCAAAAAGUUAAAAAUAGGCUGAGCGAGACCAUCAAUUGUUGGGACAAUGCAAAAAGCGAAUUAUUAAGGACUGAAAAGAAAUUUGAAAAGUUUAGAAUUCAGCAUGCUAAUUGCUCGGGUGAUGCUCCUACUACCCCUGGCACUAAUGGCAUUCAACAGGGAGGUUGUAACGAUUCUGCUGAUGGCCGUGAUGUAAUACAUUAUAGGACCGUAGCAGAUUCUCGUUUCAAAGAAAUAGAAGAUCUUAAUGCUGCAUUGGUUAAAGCUGAACAGGAGAAGGAUUCAUUAACUCUUCAGCUUAAGAAUAUGCCUGAGGAUCGUGUAACUGAAACUCACGUAUUCAAAGAUCUUCAAGUCCAAUUUUCUCAAGCACGAGGCGCUGCCGAACAUUUUCGGACUAUGGUCGAGAAUUUAACUCGCGAAAUAGAAGAUUUACGAGGUAGUCGACGGGCAUUUCGAUCACAAGAAGAGAAUGAGGCGAACAGCCGAGUAAACGAUAUCAUGACGGAAAUGAGGAGUCUCGAAACGGAUUUGAAUCGUAUUCGUACUCAACGUGAUGAAAUACAACACGAAUUGGAGAUUGUCACGGCAACGCGAGCGUCAGAAUUUCAACAGGUUACGAUGCUAAGAAAAUUGGCGAACGAUCGGAAACAAGCCAUAAAAGUAUUACAGGAUGAAGUUAGGAGAUUAAAACUUAUGAUCUACGCAGAGACGAGAAAUCAAAAGGCCGUUGAGUUUUAUUCCAGUGACCCGCCUGAUAUGGGAGAUGAUAUUAGCAUCGGAAAAAUUAACGAGGAGUUAUCAUAUGUUGCCGAACUUGAGGAAAGAUUAAAACAAUCAGACGAAGAGCGAGAAAUACUUGAAAGGCAGUUGGAGGCGUGUCGAGAUGCGCGAUCAGAUGUCAAAGAUGUCCAAUCGAUUAGAGAAUCCGAAUAUAGACUACGGAAAGAAGUUGACACACUAAAGCGUCGGCUUGAUGAAUAUGACAAAAAAUAUGGAAUUAAAGAUCCUGGAGACGACCCCUUGCAUAUAUUGUCUGCCAAGAUUGCCGAAAAGGACAAGUUGAUAGAAGAACUUCAAGAAAAGUGUCAGACGUCUCAAGCACACGCAAGGAUAUUGGAGCGUGAGGUUGACACCCUUGUAGAUCAGGUAUCCAAACAAGAAGAGGAACAUAGUAGAAAAGUAUGGGAUACAAUUAAAGCUGAAGAUACUAUAUUACGAUUGACUGACGCGAAAACGCGAGCAGAACAAAAACUGCAUAAUGUAUAUAAAGAAAAUAUUUCACUCAAGAAACAAGUUGCAGAAUUUGGUAAAGUUCAGCUCAAAGCAGAAGAGACCCGACGACAAUUUGAAUAUAAAAACGUCAAUUUGAACCAGCAGCUGCAAAAUCAAGAGAAAGAGCUCGCAGCGGCAAAUGCAGCAUUGCAAAUCCACAAGAUUAAACUAGCGGAAAUGACAGAAGAGGUUAACAGGAUGAAAGAGACCUUAUCCAAAGGGGAAUCUAAAUAUAAUGAGCUCGCAAACAUGUUGAAAACCAAGACCGCACAAAUAGUUGAAGAAAAUAAAUUACGACGACGUGCAGAAGAAGAAAUGUUAGUCUACAAGAAUAAGGCUCAGACGAAGAAGUCGACACUGUCUGCAGGCUUAGAAGCCGAGGUUAAUGCGUAUAAG